AUGGGGAACCAGCAAUCCAGCUCGCGGUCGACGACGCCGACGUCGAAUCCACAGUCCCCUAGCAGCGUGACCGCGACCACACAGUCACAUGCACAGAAAGAGCGGCCGUCCCAUGCCCAUGCCCAUCCACAUGCACACAUCCCGCACCUUCACCACGCCGCCCGCAGGCGAGAGUCGAUUCCGGCACUUACGGUGAAGUCGCAGGCGGCGCCUCCGUCCGCCUCGUUCACAAACGCCGAGUCCCAUCCCACGUCGACGACACCCCGCCCGCUGUCGCGUGGGCGCGCACAAACCGUCGCAACCGCAACCAGCACCGUCAUCGCCAACAACCUGCGCGCCGCCCAGGACCACUUCAAAGCCACCACCCCCGCCCCCGACACCAUGGGCAACGAGCAGUCCAAGGGCCAGAGCAAGGAGAAGGGCCACUCUUCGCGCAACAGCACCCCGCCGCAGCUAGAGCCCGCCACGAGCACGCCCGAGAGAGCCCAGCAGCAGCAGCAGCAGCAGCAGCAGCAACAGCACCUGCCGCCGCCAUUCUCAGAGCCCGCGCCUGUGCCCUCGCCGCAGACCCGCCCCGUCGAUGUGCCUGCAGCACCCCGUGAAGAGGCGCCCGCCAGCAGGACAGACGACCCCGCGUCCUCGAUAGACCCCGCCGAUGCCUCGCAGACGGAGUAUGUCGUGUCAUCGUCGCACUUCAGCCGCCCGCCCCGCCUGCCGCUGCCCAUCGAAGAGGAAGACUACCGGCCCGGCUCGCCCAUUCUCGACGCGCAAAACUACUCGAGCCCCAUCGACCACAAUGAGGUCGAAGGCGCGCUCCCGCGGCACUCGUCGAUGCUCAGCACGACCACCGCCGACGACGAGGACCUCGGAGAAGAGUUCAAAGGACCGAAUACUGGGCGACCCACAGUGCCGACCCUGAUUGAGUGGGAGGGCGAGGGCGAACGCGUCUAUGCGACGGGCACCUUUGCAGGAUGGAACCGCAAGUAUAGGUUGCACAGAAAUGGUCCCAGCAAGAAGAAGGAUGCCCUCUCCGCCUACAUUCACAUUACGCCCGGCACCCACCACCUCGCCUUCCUCGUAGACAACGACAUGCGCACGUCCGACAAGCUCCCGACCGCCGUCGACUACACCAACAUCCUGGUCAACUACAUCGAAGUCUCGUACGACGACCUGCCCCAGCCACCCCAGCCUGCUCCCAAUCAAACAGAACAGCAGAAGCUCGACGCGGCAACGCCGGUGGAGGAACUCGACAAGCCGACAGGUGUCUAUCCGCCGCAAGUCAUUUCAAAUCCAUCCGAUGUGGCACCGAUGAAAGCGCCACUGCCUGAACCCGCGACACCAAAAGUUCCCGAACCAUCUAAGAAAUAUCACCAGAACAUCCCGCGCUAUCUGCUUGAUCUCGAUUCGUCGGAAGAGAGCUCACGCUUUAAGAGGGCGAACGAGACGUCCAACAAUCUGCCUACGCCGCCAACUCUGCCGGGUUUUCUUGGUAAGAGCAUAUUGAAUGGAACGACGCCGCACAAGGACGAUAGCAGUGUGCUGAUCAUGCCGAACCACACUGUGCUGAACCAUCUUGCGACGAGUAGUAUCAAGGACAACAUCCUGGCGACGAGCGCUACAACGAGGUACAAGCAGAAGUUCCUCACAACCAUCAUGUACAAACCAAAGGAAGAAGAUCCCGAUCGGUAUUGAGGCUUCGGCGCACCACUGUAGCAGGGUUUUAUUCUUCUACAUCCCACGAGAUACGAUUUUACGAGGACUUUUGUAUGCAUUAUGUAAUACCCCAGCGCAGCACCUAAGCGAUAGAUCUGGAAGAGCAGAAUAUAUUCAACAUUGCAUAGAA